AUGAGGAGCGCGUGGCUCAUCGCGGUGUGUGUGCUGGCGUCUGCAUUGGCGGCCCCCUCAAAGGAGAAGGGCUUGAUAAUAAAUCUGGACAACGGUGAGCUGUGUGUCGUCAGCAUGCAGUGUAAGAGCUCCUGCUGCCACCGGCAGGACGGACUGAGCCUGGCUCGCUGCGCCCCCCGGUCUGCGGAGAAUGCAAAGUGCUCCCCUAAGACCCUGUAUGGUACCUACUACCACUGCACGUGUGAGAACGGCCUCAAGUGUGACACGGACAUCACUAUCGACGGCUCCAUUACCAACACCAACUUUGGCAUCUGCAGGGACCCCAGCGAGAUGAAGACGACCGCCUGA